CUGGCUUGACUACGGAGAAACGAGAGGCGGCUCUCUUGACCGCAGUUGCUUGUCGGUGCUGCUCAGAGCUCUCUCCUCUCAUCCUUUUGUGUCCGCUGACCAAUCAGGGCUCAGAUUCGGGCUGCCGGUCGCUGAUUGGUCGAGAAGGAGGAAGAUGCGACGGCCAUGGAGAAUAGACUGAGGACUUUUCAAACCGAUGUGAUUGAUAUUUGGACAUUUCAGGCCCUGGCACGUCGCCGUGUGUAAUGUAAUCUUACUGGAUCGGUACUUACCGGACGCUGCUCGAUCUCGGUGGAUUGUUUUAUUCUUAUUUGAAUCCUCUGGUUCGGUUUUGUUUGUUGUGUCGGAUCGUUUGAUGUGAUGUCGGGCCCUUUGCGUUGCUUUAGGUGAAGUCACUCCCUGCAGAAUGUAGCUUCGGGUUAUAUCACCAGAACAGUCGUCACUGGAGGUGUUGCUGUGUGAACGAUGCACGAGCGAUGUCUGAUGUUGAGGCCACGUACGCAGACUUCAUCGCCUCUGGCAGGACGGGCCGCAGGAACGCCCUUCACGACAUCCUGCAGAGUCCCACCGACCCCGAGGGACGAGAGCUGCCCCUCACCCUGUCCCUGUCCCAGCUGCACAUCAACGCCGGAGGGGGAGAUGGAGACGACACUGAGGACAGCCAGAGCUCCUCUUCUAUCCAGAGGGAGGCCGAGCAGAGGAACAGUUAACCUGCUUCACGCUCCCGCCGGCAGACAGAGAGCUGAAGGAUGCUUUCCAGUCGUCGUGGUGAUGAAUCAGUUCGUCCAAAGCGGGCUGGUAGCUGGAGGGUAGUACCGUGACUGCUGAUGUGCCUUCAAACAGGGCACUGACCCCCAGAACCCACUAUAGAAGUGCUGCGAUGUGACCACCCAGUGCUCCGUGUGAAUCUACUGUGCACUAGAAUAACAGAUUGAUUGCAGGGCGCUUUUCAGAGUCGGGGCAAGCAGAAAGACAGAUUUGUAGCUCUUGUAAAGCUGAUUUUUACUUUCAGUCAUAGUUACUAAACACAACCGGCGGGAGGACUGAAACAUAAAAAGAAAACAGACGGGGCACCUGUGGAGUUUUGUAGUCGUUCAAGCAAUUUGUAAGAAGUUGAGACGAGCUGAUGCAACGGUCGCAGCGGGAGUAGCAUGGUUGUAGAGGUAGUGAUGCUGGUAGAGACUGUAUUGCCAGGUAAUGGCUUGUGCUUCCUUUAAAUUGACAAUAUUGCAGAGGGGGAAAUGGAUUGAGCUGAAGUGGAGCUGCAACAAAAACUCACAGGCUUGACUCUGUAUAGUAGAAAGCAGCAGGCUGUAGCAGAGCUGGAGGUGUGACAUUUACAGUCGAUAUGGAGGAAAUAUUUCAGUGGCUCUGUGGUUUUAAAAAAAAGAAAUGAAAUGAUGAUGUGUACUAUCUUUAAAAAUGUUUAUACUUUUUUUUAAAAGAAACUUUUCUAACAAUGCCAUUAUAAUCACAACCCUACAGGAGUAGUUUGACAUUUUUGGAAAUACACUUUCUUGUUGAGAAUUGGAUGCAUAUGUGGCUAUAGUUAGCGAAAGUUAGCUUAGCCUAGCAUAAAGACUGGAAACAGAGUGAAACAGCUGGCUUUGCUGUGUUCAAAGGUAACUAAAUUGACCUGCCUCCACUUUUAAAGCUCACCUACUAACAUAUAAUAUCCUGUUUGUGUUUGUUUUCUUUUUUUACAUAAAGUAAGAUGUACAAACAACAAUUAGCGGUUUUGCUGAAAGCUAUGUGCCAAAGUGUUUCUGGGUUGGAAGCAGUUUGUUUGCGACCAGUUGAGACUCCAUUACAUAAUGUUUUGUACAAAUUCAGCAGAAGUUAAAUAACACACCACUUGGUGAGCUAUAGAGAUGCUAAUUGGUGGAUUUGUUACCUUUGGACAGUUAGCCAGGUUAGCAUUCCUGCUUGUGUGCAGUCUUUGUGCUAUUAGCUGCAUAUGUAUAAUAUGGGUCCUGUGUGGCCUUCUCUAAUUUUGACCUUUAGCUUCCACUUGCUACAGUUAGCUGAACUUAACUUACUAAUAAUUUAUUAAAGCUGCAAAUCACUUAAAUUUAACACUGUGUGACUGCUAGAGUAGCUACAGCAUUAGUGUCCAUACAACAUUUUUUCUGACAGAAAAUUGCUCAAAUGAAACACUGAGAUGAAAUGGGUAAAUUCAUAACAAUAACUUGACAGUGUAUUGCCACGCUGUAUGGUAGACUAGCAUCAUCCCUUGUUCUGAUCAUUUCAUGUGACAUAUUAUACACCUCAAAGUAAACAUAAAUGCCCAGAACUAGUUAUCAGGUACAGAGAUUUUCAACCAGAAGUUCUUGAAAUGGUCACACAAAUAGUGCCCUGAUGAAGACACUAGCACUCAGAGAAAGAAAAAGAAAAAAGCAAUGUGGACACUUAGUCAUACAACAAGCUCAACUAGCUAACUAUGUUGCUUUACAUUAGCUUGCUGUUUUUACAGUGGAAAUGUUCACCAAUAAUAUAAAAGAUGGCUGUAUCAACCGUGACGUCACCCAUUGGUUUGUCAGCUACUGAAACAAGACAUAGUGAAUCAGGAGUUUCUGAGACUGACAACUCAAUGCAAUCUGUCAAAACGUAACCUAAUCCUAAAAAAUGUCCUGAUUUGUGAUCGAUUGUACUUUAAUUGGACCAUCAUUUACCAAGUGAACACCAUGCUGUAUUGAAGGAGACUUGAAGCUAGUGAUUUAGACCGUAAAGUCAAAGCAAAUUAAAUGAGAAUCAGGUUAAUUUUUCCAUAGACUUCUAUAAAAUUGUACUUCUUUUUGCAGUCAGAGGAGUCGCCCCCUGCUGGUCAUUAAAAGGAAUGCACAUUGGCUUCACUUUUUUGACCCGGUAGCUACAUCCAACUUUUAUAUACAAUCUGUGACACUGAUGCUUCACUUGUCCAUACAGUGUUGCAGGUUAUUGUUAAUACAUGAUUGUCAACAUUAACUUCCUUUAUUAUCUAGAGGAAGAUUUAUGAAUAUGAAUUAAACUUUUCAUCCUCUCUGUACAGUAUGGGCUAGACUGUAGAUAAUAUUGCCAAUAUAUGUCAUACAAAAAUGGACUUCACCUCUGUGUUUGGAUGAAUAAAUAUUGCAAUAACACAUAUUUUGAUCAACCCAAAAUACAAAAUUACAAGUUUUGAGUAUUUCCCUAUUGCUUAAAUGCAUAAGCUCAGUGACAGUGUGUAUUAAUUUUUCCUAAUCCUUCACAUACAACCCAUUUUCUUUAUGUUUGGAUGAUUAGGUUUGCUGUUCGUUACCUAAGAAUGUUCCUCCUUUCUUUUCUUUUUUUUAGUACCAAUUGAUUUCCAGGUGAAGGAGCAACACUGUUCUUGUUUUGGAAUGCUGGUGAUUUAUGAUCAGCAGUAGAUAAGCAGGUUCAAUCAGCUACUGUCUCCAGCAGCUACACAUUUGCAUACAUGACACCAUUAUCAAUCUUCCCAUCAGAAGCGAACUCGAUAAGAUCCAAAAUGCCAAACUAUUCCUUAGAUGUAGAUAUGCAAUACUCAGUGGAGCUUCCAGUAACUGCAAGAUUUGUUUGUUUGUGUGAAAGUUUCUAUCUCUGACACUGAAGCCGACCUACAUUCCUGCUGCUUUGUGUAAUAGCCGAUAAUAAUCGUAAUAAUCACCUGUACAGACCAUCACGCAUGCACUUUUAGACCUGUGUCUUCUGUCAUUUUCCUCUCCGACUAUAACCUUCGACUCCAUUCACGAUAGCGUAGAGGCCGAUGUAACUCUUCUUUUGUUAUCGUCAUUCAAUCAGGUGUUCAAGUUGUAAACUGCCAUGUGACUGUGUAGUGACUCACUCUGGCUUCGAGAAAACUGUGUAAAACCAAGCUGUUCAUUAUUCCGCAUGUUAAAAGUAGGGCAGGUGCAUGACUCUGCCGAACGUGUAGGUGUUCGUCUGAAUGUCUGUAAACAUAUUUUCUACUUCUGGUGUCAAACAAAGUGAAAUAAAUAAUGGAGGAGAGUAAAAUGA